UGCUGCAGAGCGCUCGGCGCUGCAAGCGGCGCUGCCAUUUAAAGGGGCCGCGACCCCUGUCCCGGCUGCUAGGGAGGGAGGUGGAGAAGGAGCGCGGGGCCGUCGCUGUCUGCAGUUCUAGGCUUGUAGCCGUUACUCUAACCCUGCCUCAGCCCAUACCCAGCCAUGGACCCCAGUGAUUUCCCCAGUCCAUUUGACCCAUUGACCCUGCCAGAGAAGCCCCUGGCUGGAGACCUUCCCGUAGACAUGGAAUUUGGAGAGGAUCUGCUGGAAUCUCAGACUGCUCCAACUCGAGGAUGGGCCCCUCCAGGUCCGUCUCCAUCCUCUGGAGCCCUGGACCUGCUUGAUACCCCUUCUGGCUUGGAAAAAGACCCUGGAGUAGUCCUGGAUGGAGCCACUGAGCUACUGGGGCUGGGGGGGCUACUUUAUAAAGCCCCCUCUCCCCCAGAGGUGGACCAUGGUCCUGAGGGGACCCUUGCAUGGGAUUCGGGGGAGCAGACCCUAGAGCCUGGACCAGGGUGCCAGACCCCUGAGGUGAUGCCACCUGAUCCAGGGGCUGGGGCCAGUCCCCCGUCACCUGAAGGGCUACUAGAACCUUUGGCUCCGGAUUCUCCAAUAAUCCUGGAGUCCCCUCAUAUUGAAGAGGAGGAGAUACCCCCCAUAGCUACAAGGAGAAGGGGCUCCCCUGGGCAGCAGGAGGAGCACACCCAAGGGCAGCCACAGAGCCCCAAUGCACCCCCUAGCCCUUCAGUGGGAGAGACUCUGGGGGAUGGAAUCAACAGUUCUCAGAGCAAACCUGGGGUCUCUAUCCCUGCUGCACAUCCUUCUUUGCCAGGAGAUGGCCUGACUGGAAAGGAGAGUGAGAAGCCGCCUGAGAGGGUACAGAAGAGAAGCGAGCGCGUUAGAAGGGCGGAACCUCCAAAGCCUGAGGUUGUGGAUUCCACUGAGAGCAUUCCAGUGUCAGAUGAGGAUUCUGAUGCCAUGGUAGAUGACCCCAAUGAUGAGGACUUUGUGCCAUUCCGGCCCCGGCGCUCUCCUCGCAUGUCCCUGCGCUCAAGUAUGGCACAGAGGGCUGGGCGCUCUUCAAUGGGCACCAAGAUGUCUUGUGCACAUUGCCGGACACCACUGCAGAAGGGGCAGACGGCCUAUCAGCGCAAGGGGCUGCCUCAGCUCUUCUGUUCUUCAUCUUGUCUCACUACUUUCUCCAAGAAGCCCUUGGGCAGAAAGACCUGUACCUUCUGCAAGAAGGAGAUCUGGAACACCAAGGACUCAGUUGUGGUACAGACUGGUUCGGGAGGCUCCUUCCAUGAGUUCUGCACAUCUGUCUGUCUCUCUCUGUAUGAGGCCCAGCAGCAGCGUCCAAUCCCCCAGUCUGGGGAUCCUGCCGAUGCCACUCGCUGCAGCAUAUGCCAGAAGACUGGAGAGGUCCUACAUGAGGUCAGCAACGGCAGCGUGGUGCACCGACUCUGCAGUGAUUCUUGCUUCUCCAAAUUCCGAGCCAACAAGGGACUGAAAACCAACUGUUGUGACCAGUGUGGGGCUUAUAUCUACGCCAGGCCUGGGAGCCUUGGCCCAGAGCUCCUCUUCCAUGAUGGUCAACAAAAGCGGUUUUGCAACACAACGUGCUUGGGGGCAUACAAGAAGAAAAACACACGUGUGUACCCAUGUGUCUGGUGCAAGACCCUGUGUAAGAACUUUGAGAUGCUAUCACAUGUGGAUCGUAAUGGCAAGACCAGCUUGUUCUGUUCCCUGUGCUGUACCACUUCUUACAAAGUGAAGCAGGCAGGGCUCACUGGCCCUCCCCGACCCUGCAGCUUCUGCCGCCGCAGCCUCUCUGACCCUUGUUACUACAACAAAGUUGAUCGCACAGUCUACCAGUUCUGCAGCCCCAGCUGCUGGACCAAGUUCCAGCGUACUAGCCCUGAGGGGGGCAUUCACCUGAGCUGUCACUACUGCCAUAGCCUCUUCAGUGGCAAGCCUGAGGUCUUGGAGUGGCAGGACCAGGUCUUCCAGUUCUGCUGCCGUGAUUGCUGUGAGGACUUCAAGAGGCUUCGGGGUGUGGUAUCCCAGUGUGAGCACUGCCGGCAGGAGAAACUCCUGCAUGAGAAACUCCGGUUCAGUGGGGUGGAGAAAAGCUUCUGCAGCGAAGGCUGUGUGCUGCUGUACAAACAAGAUUUCACUAAGAAGCUGGGCUUAUGCUGCAUCACUUGUACUUACUGCUCCCAAACCUGCCAGCGUGGAGUCACUGAGCAACUGGAUGGCAGCACCUGGGACUUUUGCAGUGAGGACUGUAAGACCAAGUACCUGUUAUGGUACUGCAAGGCUGCCCGGUGCCAUGCCUGUAAGCGCCAGGGGAAGCUGCUGGAAACCAUCCACUGGCGUGGGCAAAUCCGUCAUUUCUGCAACCAACAGUGUCUGCUGCGCUUCUACAGCCAGCAGAACCAACCCAACUUGGAUACCCAGAGUGGGCCAGAAAGCCUCCUGAACAGUCAGUCUUCUGAGUCAAAGCCCCAGACAGCCUCUCAAACCAAAGUGGAAAACAACAGCACAGUGAGGACCCCAGAAGAAAACGGGAAUUUGGGCAAGAUCCCUGUGAAGACUCGACCAGCUCCAAUUGUGCCCACUCCUCAACCCCUACCACCCCCAGCAACACCCCGAAAAAACAAAGCUGCCAUGUGUAAGCCGCUGAUGCAGAACCGGGGAGUCUCCUGCAAGGUGGAAAUGAAGUCCAAAGGAAGUCAAACAGAAGAGUGGAAGCCACAGGUGAUUGUGCUGCCCAUCCCAGUGCCCAUAUUUGUGCCAGUGCCUAUGCAUCUAUACUGCCAGAAAGUCCCGGUGCCUUUCUCCAUGCCUAUCCCGGUGCCUGUGCCCAUGUUCUUGCCCACUACCUUGGAGAGCACAGACAAGAUUGUGGAGACCAUUGAGGAGCUGAAGGUGAAGAUCCCUUCCAACCCUUUGGAGGCUGACAUCCUGGCCAUGGCGGAAAUGAUUGCAGAGGCUGAAGAGUUAGACAAGGCCUCUUCUGAUCUGUGUGAUCUUGUGAGCAACCAGAGUGCAGAGGGACUUCUGGAAGAUUGUGACCUGUUUGGGACAGCUCGAGAUGAUGUCCUGGCUAUGGCUGUUAAGAUGGCUAAUGUCUUAGAUGAGCCUGGGCAAGACUUGGAGGCAGAUUUUCCCAAGAAUCCUCUGGACAUUAACCCAAGUGUAGACUUCCUCUUUGAUUGUGGCCUUGUGGGGCCUGAGGAUGUGUCUACUGAACAGGACCUUCCUCGAGCCAUGAGGAAGGGUCAAAAGAGGCUGGUGCUUUCUGAAAGCUGUUCCCGGGACUCUUUGAGCAGCCAGCCUAGUUGUACUGCUCUCAACUAUUCGUACGGUGUUAAUGCUUGGAAGUGCUGGGUACAGUCGAAAUAUGCCAAUGGAGAAACCAGCAAGGGUGAUGAGCUACGCUUUGGCCCCAAACCCAUGCGUAUCAAAGAGGAUAUUCUCGCCUGUUCAGCUGCUGAACUCAACUAUGGUCUGGCCCAGUUUGUGAGAGAAAUUACUCGACCUAAUGGUGAACGAUAUGAACCCGACAGUAUCUACUACCUGUGUCUUGGCAUCCAGCAGUAUUUGCUGGAAAAUAACCGAAUGGUGAACAUUUUCACGGACCUUUACUACUUGACUUUCGUUCAAGAACUCAACAAGUCUCUGAGUACCUGGCAGCCCACACUUCUCCCCAACAAUACUGUAUUCUCCCGUGUGGAGGAAGAACACCUCUGGGAGUGCAAGCAGCUGGGGGUCUAUUCUCCCUUUGUCCUUCUCAACACCCUCAUGUUCUUCAACACUAAGUUUUUUGGACUGCAGACAGCCGAGGAACACAUGCAACUCUCUUUCACUAAUGUGGUACGGCAGUCUCGCAAGUGUACCACUCCUCGGGGCACCACAAAGGUGGUGAGCAUCCGCUACUAUGCCCCAGUCCGACAGAGGAAAGGGCGAGACACAGGUCCUGGGAAACGGAAGAGGGAGGAUGAAACUAUCUUAGAGCAGCGUGAGAAUCGCAUGAAUCCCCUCCGCUGCCCCGUCAAGUUCUAUGAGUUCUAUCUCUCUAAAUGUCCUGAAAGCCUCAGGACUCGAAAUGAUGUGUUCUACCUGCAACCUGAGCGCUCCUGCAUUGCGGAGUCCCCCCUCUGGUAUUCUGUGAUUCCCAUGGACCGAAGCAUGUUGGAGAGCAUGCUUAAUCGCAUUCUGGCUGUGCGUGAGAUUUACGAGGAACUUGGUCGUCCUGGGGAGGAAGACCUAGACUGAACCCAUGUGGUACCUUGUUUCCAUCUUUGACAUCAGUGUCUGUCCUGUGGGGUAACUGGCCCGGGAACCAAUGCUAUCCAUUCUGAAGGGCCCCAACUGCCUCUUUCUAGUCUCUCAUUCCCUGCCUUUCCCAGGAACCCCUGGCUUUAACCUUCCAUACCACUUGUAACCAUGGGGCCCCAAUCAUCUGUGCUCAUGGGCUAGUCCCCCAGUGAUGGGUAUGAACCAGGUAGCCCGUUUUCUUUGUGCUUCACAGUGAACCCUUUCUGCUGGGGCCUGACUCUGAUGGAGUGAUAAUAGCUCUGGUGAUCCUGUUGGCUUUGGGUUUCCUGACCUAUAUCUAUGUAGGUGAAACCCCGUGUUCCUAGGUCUGACCUAGGGAAGAACCCAGCUGCCUUCUCUGCCCUGGAUAUCCUCUCUCUCUCUCUCUCUCUCUCUCUCUCUCUCUCUCUCUCUCUCUCUCUCUCUCUCUGUCUCUCUCUGUCUCUCUCUCACUUUCUCUCCUUCUCUCCCUCUCUCCUUCUCCCCCUCUC